GGUACCUUGCCUUGUUCUGUGCUUAUCUACGGGAAAAGUCGAGGAGAAAACUGGAGGUGGGAAUUCGAUCAGAAUUGUUCUGCAGUCUGGACCUGGUCAAAAAGAAAAGAGACGAGACGAUCACAUCACGCUCAUUAGCACUUCAUACGAAUCCAUCCAUACCAUGCGAAGAAGCAGUCUUUUCUCACCUAAUCACAAUACACCCGCCAGCCAUACAUAGAUCGUAGACCAUAGAUCCUACAUCAUAUUACAUACAUAACACACAUCUUCUAUUCCACAUUCGACCGUCUUUCUUUCUUCCUGCCCAAGAUCACCUCUCUCUGUGUCUCUGGCUGCCGGUCUCUCGCUCGCUCGCUCGCUCGCUCUCGUACACACACACUCGCUCUCAUACAUACGCACUCGCUCCCACACACCCUCACGCAUGUCCUGUGCCUACCGCCAAAGGAAUACGCAAAACUCGUACAUAGCACACCUCCACUGGUCCAUAGGUCCAUCUCCGUCCUCCCUGCGUCUUGGGUGCUACUUCCCACACACACACUUGCUCACAUGCGGACAUAAUCUCACUAACCGGAAUAAUUCGUCCAAUGCUCGUUAUUCCUCUUUUGUUAUCACGUCCUACCUAUUCCUUCGCCCUUUCGACUAUCCUUCCUUCCUCUUUGGAAAAUUAAGAAAUUUUAUUAUUAGUAUCCACAGUUCCGACUCUCGCUCAUUCCCUAUCCUUCCUAUCUCGCUCGCGCGCUCUCUGUCUCUCUCGACUGCACUACAGUAGCUCGAGCAGUACCCUCUCUCCUUUCCCCCACUUACUACCCACACCAAAAAAGUCUCGGGCAACAAGCAUCAAAUCAUUUUUCUCGUCUUCUUCCCUCUUCCGCGGUGUGAACCCGUCGAUCCCCAUUCCCGAGACAGCAUUUCAAACGCAAGGACCUAAUAUCGACCUACUCCGUAAAUCUAUAGCUCUCCAAGGGAAAGGAUCAAGUAAUUACGGAUAUCAACAAGGGCCGCAAGGACUACAAAGCCCCCUCCCCUCUCCAAACCAGCUACGGGCUUAUCGAAACCAGAGCGCUGUCUGUACUGUGCAUUUGCCAACAACGAUAAUCCAAAGGGCCCCGUUACGAGAAAAAAAAAAGUGAUUCGAAUUAAAAUAAAAUAAAAAGACCGACCUAGCUUUUCCGCAGAUUAACAGGGCGUCCGGCGAUUGUGACCAAGUACGGCCAGCCAACGAAACCACGAGUGACCUGCCAGGGGACGAAAACGACGCACUGCGCUGCAUCAUACAGGGCAUCUGCAUAAAGAAGGCAUACCGACCAAGCAAGGGGAGACGUUUAAAUACGGAAGUAUGGGCCUCUUUUCACGCAAAGAAAAGACUUCACCCUCGAAUGGUUCAUCAUCAAGAACAAACUCUACACAAUUAACUGAAGUUCAAUCUUUUCGCUCAUCACAAUCCUCUCUGAAAUCACCCUCCACUCCUGGCUUCUCAAGAAUGUCUAUCCCCACCAUACCAAAGAUCGCACUUCCCAAGGCACCAGAUCCAAAUGUCGACCCCGCUGGAUAUUUGAGAAGCAUUGGCGCCGUCCGGGAAAGGUGUGGCAUCGUAUUGGAGAAGGCGAAGAAGAACGAUUUGAAUCAUUUCGAAGUUGACAUGGGAAGAUUCAAAGAUACCACAAAGUUUGUCGUCUCUGUAAUCAAGCGCGAUUUUGCACCCGAUUACAACGCCAUUCCCCCUCACGGUCGAUGGCAACAUUUCAACGUAGGAGGUAGAGAUAGAAUCGGAGAGCUCUUGGGAAGCUGGCCAAGCCAAGUUGAUCCUUCUGAACGAUGCCGCCGAAUUCUCGAUCUCUUCCUCAUAUCCGUCUUACUCGAUGCUGGUGCCGGUACAUCAUGGAAGUAUAAGAGUGUUGAGAAUGGUCGCACAUACAGGAGGAGUGAAGGCUUGGCAAUUGCCAGUCUGGAGAUGUUCAAGGCUGGUACCUUCAGUAGUGAUCCAGAACAACCACACCAAGUCGAUGCAGAUGGAUUGUCCAGAUUGACUGUGGAGAUCAUGAGCUCAGGUCUACAAGUCACUGAGCAGAAUCCGAUUGCUGGUUUGGCAGGUAGGACUGGUUUACUGGUUAAACUUGCUAAAGCUUUACGAAAUCCUUCUCUCUUUGGUGAAGAUGCUAGACCUGGAAACAUGCUAGAUUUCCUCAUCUCUCAUCCUUCAACACAAGCCGCAUCUGUGCCAAUCGUUCCUUUACCCACCCUGUGGAGUGUCUUGAUUGAUGGUCUUGCACCAAUCUGGCCAGCAUCUCGCACAGAAGUUGAUGGUACAUCCAUCGGCGAUGCAUGGCGUUUAACUACCAUGCCUGCAGAUGCCGCAACCCCUCUUUGGGAGACAAUCGUUCCUUUCCACAAGCUCUCUCAGUGGCUUUGUUACUCUCUUAUGCAACCAAUGACUAAGCUCAUGAACAUCCAUUUCGCCGGAGCUGAACUAUUGACUGGUCUACCCGAAUAUCGAAACGGUGGUCUAUUCAUUGAUACUGGCGUAUUAACACUAAGAAGAGAUGAAACAAAGAGAGGCCUCGAAGCGUUCCACCGAAAUGCAGAGAGAGAAGGCAAGCCAAGUUUGGAAGUUGUUCCAAUGUUCACACCGGAUGAUGAUGUGAUCGUCGAGUGGAGAGCUGUGACCGUCGGGUUCCUAGACUUGUUGUUGGAAGAGGUCAAUACCAGUCUAGGACUUUUUGGUCAAGAUAAGCUAUCUCUGCCACAGAUGUUGGAGGCUGGCAGCUGGAAGGGAGGUAGAGAGAUGGCCGAAAUUUCACGACCUAACACUCAAUGUCCACCAAUUGCCAUCCUCAGUGAUGGCACAGUCUUUUAAUUCGCUUCGUACUCGCUUUGCCCUUUUUCGCAUUCGCUACUUUUUUCGAACCACUGGCUAGGGUUUUACGACGAAAUGAAAAAUGACAUUUGCGAGUUGUUUACCUUUUAUUCUCCUACAUUCUGUCUGCUUUGCUUGCACUUGCGCGAACUGGAAUUCAAUGAAAGGAUGUCAGAACUACGCCUGGAUACCCUUUUGUGACUGCGAUGCGAGCGAGAUUUCAACUUCGGUUUACUACUACUUGGCUUUUGGAUUGAACGAAAGACAUUUUUACAUACAAUACAUUACAUUACAUAAAAUUAAACGGCACAUAUCGGACGGGCAUGGCAAUUGAUGGAGGGAUGAAUGGAUGAACGGAUGGAUAGGUGGUAAGGAAAAUUCUGAAUUCGAAGAUUGUCGUUAUGAAUGGCGGUGGUGGUAUUCUUUGUUUGUCUUCUGGAUCAUUGUGUUAUUGAGAUAUAGGUUUAGUUGGGUGAUUUUGUUGGAGAAGUGCAUGUACUAUUUGGAAGGAGAUAUUGGGAGGAAUGGAUGGAUGGGUGUUUGGCCUGGAUUAAUCGUCACGGCGGCCAACCAGAUGUUUCCGGGAUUAGCCCCAAUUUUACAUACGAAUGGAAGAGAAUAAUUGAAUAUCUGACAAUCCAUUUUCUUCGCUGCUUACA